AUGGCCGGUCGCGGAAACUUCAGUUUCCAAAACAACUAUCCCAACCAGGGCCACAAUAGCCCUUACCAAAACAAUCCGAACCAAUAUGCCAACCCGAACCAAUACGCCAAUUCGAACCAACACGCCAAUUCAAACCAGUAUGCCAAUUCGAACCAAUUCGCCAAUAAUUCGCAACGCAGCGGAGCUUAUUCCAACUCUCACCAAUCCGACAAUAAUGUGCGAUACGGCGCGUACAAUGCGCAGGACUCAAUGGGAACGGAGUCGCGAAAGAAGAUGAAAUUUUACACUCCCAAUGCACCCAACAAGAUUGACUACGAUAUGGCUAUGGCAGUCGCGCGCGACUAUCGCGACACAACUUUUGAGAUAGUGAGAAAUGGUGAAGAGCUUAUUCCUUUGCAUUCUUUGCAAGUCGAUCAAGUCAACGAAUUCGAGGAUUCGCACAACAUAUAUAUGGAAGCCGAGCGAAAGGUGAACGAGUACCUUGCGCAACAAGCCAGCGGACCUGUUUCGAAUACGACUACUGGCACUCCCCUCGAUACGCCGGAACUCCGAGCCCUGAUCACCUCGAUAGUGCGUGAGCAGAUCGCAGAGAUCUUACAGCAAGCGUCAGCUUCUAUCUUGAUCGGCAAUCGUGGGAACAUGCCUGCGAAUGAGCACAACCAGACUUCGCCUCUGCAGCAGAGCAGUGCGCAACCUGGCCAGACUUCGACAAAUGUUCCAUCCAAUAGCCAAUUCAUCAAGCCGGAACCUUGA